AUCACCCCUGGCAUCCAAUAUUUUGCCUAUCGUUUUGCGUCAGCAUUCAGUAAUGGCGGUAUCUUUCCUCAAAGCUCUAUUUCGCCCAAUUCUUCUUCUUACCGUAUCACCAGGCACCAUGCCAAACUUGCGGGUUUCUGACACACAUUAUCCUCAGCUGCUGUGUGUUCUGUCUAUAAGCUUCUUGUUGAAGUUUGUUGGUCUCAUGCAGAGAAGUCCUCCUCGCCAUUAGUUGAAGGUUUCUUUGAGUUUCAGUUGCUUAGGGUUCUGUUACUAUUUUAUAUCAGAAAUGGCUUUGUCGAUUCUUAAAGGACUGCUCCAAGGAUAUGUGCAGUCAUUGUUCGAUGAGGGAAUUGUAAACGAUCAAUUCUCACACAUUCAGUCUCUAAAAAGUGCAGAAAAACCUGAUAGUGUCGUGCAGUUCAUCAGUAUGUACUGUGAUGAUGUGGGGGCCAUCAUAUCUGAAUUAAAAAGCUACAUUGAUCUUCCUGAUGUUGAUUUUUCCAGGUUGGCUGCAGAGGCUCGCAAAGUAGAGGAAAAGAGUUUGCGCAUUGGCGCUGAGCAUAUGAGACUUGCAUGUGCUGACCUCAUUCAAGCUUGUGAGGAGAAUAAUAAGGAAAAUUUCUCUCGGGCCUUAAAAUGGAUGAAGAAUGAAUUUGUUCGGACGCGGAGCAAGUUGGAAUCCUUUGCUCAGAUGGAGCGUAGGAUUAUCAGACUCGAGAGUAGACCACCACAUGAUAAGUGUGUGUGUUCUUCCAAAUCGUCCUCCAGUUGUGGGUGAGCAAUUUCACAAAGGCCUGGUGUUUUACAUGUAAAGUCAUGCACACUCGAUAAUCAAACUGUAUUUAGCUUCUGUAAGGUGCCAGCUUUACUCUACUGCAUUUUUGUAUAAAAAAGCUUGGCUGUAGCUGUAAGCCUGUAAUCAAUCCUUUUUCUAUUGCCUUCUACUUGGUGUUUCUACUCAUCCCAUGCUCGGCACAGAGAAAAGCUGGUUCUUAUUUUUUGAAAGAUAAAACUGGCAAUAUUCUCAUGCAAUGUACAAAUCAAAUUCUCACUAGGGAACUACAGUUCAUGUACAUUGCAGAUACUAAUUAAGGGCUGCCGCAAUUGCAUAUUUGAUUUUAUUUGUGGAGU